AUGGAAGCAUUUAUUCAUUCUUUGGAUGUCAGAAUGUGGGAAGUUGUAUCUAACAAGUAUGAUGUACCAUCUAUUGUACCUACUGAUGCAAAUGAAAAGACAAAAUAUGAAUUGGAUAAGAGAGCUCGCUUUGCAAUUCUAUGUGGGUUAUCAAAAGAAGUAUUUGUUAAAGUAAUGUACUUCAAAUCAGCCAAUGAGGUAUGGACAAAUCUUGAAUCCAUUUAUCAAGGUAAUGAAAACGUUAAAGAAUCAAAAUUGAUUACGUUAAAAACUCAGUUUGACGAUUUGAAAAUGAAUAAUGAUGAGUCAGUGGCAAGUUAUUUUCUUCGUAUUGAUGAAGUUGUAAAUGCCCGAAAGGGUCUUGGUGAAGAAAUUGAUGAACAUGAUGUGGUUACAAAACUUCAAAGUACACUUACUGCUUAUGAAAUGAGAAUUGGUAAUACCCCUUCUACCUCUAAGGAAACAACUUUUAAAAUUGAGAAACAGGAAGAGUGUGAGUCUGAAUUAUCUGAUGUUUUUGAAACUUUACUGGUUAGGAAACUCAUGAAGAAGUUUCAAGGAAAGUUUAAAUGUUUUGGCUGUGGUAAAACUGGACACUUUGCAGCAAAAUGUUCGUAUUUAGAUCUAAGUAAAGAUGAGGAUAAAUCUGAAAAAUCGUUUAAAAAACCUUGGAAUCCUAAUAAAAGGUUGAACAAUUUUAAAAAGAAGAGUCUUAUGUCAAAAGAAGAGACUAAAGAUGAAGCUGAUGAGUCAAAUGAUGAUGGCUAUGAAACACUAUUUAUGACAAAAGUUGAAUUUGAAAAACCAGUUGCAGUAAAAUCUGAACUAGAUUCUGAAGUUGAAAUAGAAGAUGUAAAUCUCAAAGAAGAGCUUCUUUGUGCUCUUCAAGAAGUAAAAAGAAUUAAGAAACUUGUAAUUUCUUAUAAAGAUUCCAAUCAGAUCUUACAACUUGAUAUAGUUAAUGCAAACAAGGUUAUUGAAACUCAGAGAAGUCUUAUUGAAAGAAAAGAACAAGAAAUUAGUACACUGCAAAAACAAGUAUACACUCUUGAAAAACAACAACAUUCUACUGAAAAAGUAUUCAAUGAAAAUCAGAAUGUGAUGAAAAAUCAGAUUCAAGAUGUUGAUGAGGAAUCUAAUUUAGAAGCUGGCAAUGCCUCAACAUCAAAUGAACCAGUUGUUACCAAAGUAGAUGAAACCAGCUCAAGUAAACAAGAGGAAGUUCCUAAUUUUAAGGAAGAUAUACCUCAGAAAACACCUUCCAAGAUAAUUGCUAAACGACAUCCUGAAACACUUGUGAUUGGUGAUAAAGAUGCUGGGUAUACUGAUGCUGACUGGGGAGGCUGUGUUGAUGAUCAAUGCAGUACUAGUGGUGCAGCUUUCUUCCUUGGUGACCGGUUGGUUUCUUGGCACAGCAAGAAGCAAGACUAUGUCACUUUGUCCACAGCUGAAUCUAAGUACAUUGCUGCCACAGCUUGUUGUACUCAAAUGCUUUGGAUGUCUUAUCAGUUGGCAGAUCUGGGUGUUGCACAAGUUGCAGACAUUUUUACCAAAAAUUUACCAAAGGAUAAAUUCAUGUGGUUGCGUGAUCGAUUGGGCGUUUACUCUCAAUCCUUUAUUUCAACCUGA